AUGGCCGACAACGGCGACAAGAAGAAGCAGGCCCACAAUGAUCCUAAGAAUAAGGGCAAGGACAAGGACGACGACAAGCAGUUGACGAGUGGUGCUGGGUCGAUAAGGACGCCAAAAUCAGGUUCAAGCCGCUGGAGGACAUGGACGAGGAGAAGGAAGCCUGAGUGUGCUCCUCACGCUGAGGAACAAUCUGCGCCUGCUGUUCACGUCCAAGGUGAGUCUGGUGUCACUCCUCUGUCCGAAGAGCCUGUGGCUGCUAAGGCCGAGUCUGACCGCUUUUCGCAGCAAAGCUAUGGCGUCACCCUGUAUCGGCUGGCAAAGAUGAAGGCGAAUGGGAGAUCGAGUCUGAUGAAGAGGAAACUUUGA